CUUCUCUCUUUUUAGGGUUCUUCUUCGCUUCCAAUGGCGCAGGCACUGGAGGCUGCCGUGAGCCGGCUGGAGGCUGCGGUGGGGCGCUUGGAGGCGCUAGAAUCCCGCCUUGCUGCUGGAGGUGGCGGUGUCAAGUCCGAGCGAUUCCCCGAUGCAGCAAAUCUGGAGCUGGAAUCGGCGGGAGCACCCUCGGUGGCUGCAUUUGAGGAGCUUGUAUCGGCAAGCGUUGGCAGGGUGAUGGCAGCUGCGGAGAAGAUUGGAGGCCAGGUCUUGGAAGCUAGCAAGCUGAUCAAGGAGGCAUUUGAGGAAGAGAGGAAAAUCGUGCGAGCGAUCUCCCAAUGCAAGGAACCGAGCAUGGAGGAGCUCCAAAAGCUAGUUCAUCCGUUAGCUUUGCUGUUGAUGAAGGCGCAUUCUCUAACGGAAGGAAGGAGGACGGAUGCCUUCAACAAUAUCAAAGUUAUAGCGGAAAGCUUGCAAUCUCUCUCAUGGGUCGUCUACACCAAACAAUCGGGCAUGCCCAAGCCCAUAAGUCAAGUGGAGGAAAGCUGGCAGUCGGCCGAGUUCUACAACAAUAAGGUUCUCAUUGAAUUCCGAGCGAAGAAUCCAGACCAAGCGGAGUGGGCUAAGGCCAUAAAAGAGCUUUUCUUCCCCGGAUUGAGAGAUUACGUCAAGCAGUUUCAUGCGACUGGGCCAUCUUGGAAUCCCAAAGGCGUUGAGGUGAAGCAGUAUCUGGAAGGUCCAGCCCCUCCGAAAGUACCAAAAGCGCCCUCGCCGCCGGGUCCUCCACCGCCUCCAGGCCCUCCACCUCUCCCCACUGCAGCCGCUCCAGUGCCUGCAGCGGCUGGUGCCUCCAAACCGUCCAUGAGCGCAGUAUUUAAGGACAUCAACAAGGGUGGAUCAGUGACGUCAGGAUUAAGGAAAGUGACCGAUGACAUGAAGACGAAGAACAGAGCUGAGAGACCGGGCUUUGUCCAGGCAUCUGAGAAAACGUCAAACGUUGCUGUCACUCAGCCGAAGGCGUCUACUCCCGUAUUUGAACUGCAACUUGAUCGAAAAUGGGUGGUAGAGAACCAGACGAACAACAAGGAGAUUAUAAUAAGCGAGUGCAAUCCAAGGCAGUCCGUGUACAUAUUUGGCUGCAAGGGCUCAGUCAUUCAGAUUCGAGGGAAAGUCAAUAACGUGACAUUUGACAAGUGCUCUAAGACGGGCCUGGUGUUCAAGGACGUUGUUGCCGCUUGCGAGGUUGUGAACUGUACGAGCGUUGAGGUCCAAUGCCAGGGAAUGGCACCAACUAUCGCAGUGGACAACACGAACGGAUGUCAGCUCUACUUGAGUAGAGAGUCUCUAAAGGCGUCUAUCACCACCGCCAAAUCCAGCGAGAUCAACGUCCUCGUACCUGGUUCUACUGCCGAGGACGACUAUGUGGAGCACGCUCUGCCAGAGCAAUUUGUCAAUGUGUAUGAAGACGGUCGCUUUGUGACGACGCCAGUGGCUCACUCUGGAGGCUGACGGAGGCUGAAGUUCUCAUCGCUCCUCGUGGAUGGAAGCAGCCACGGAAGAAUAAAGAAUGAGAUUGCAGCAGAAAACUGUGAGUGGAUGAAUUUGGAUUGCGGUUAACUGUCCCUGCACUACAUUCAUAGGUAUAAUGAGAUCCAGGCAAGGCUGCUGUUGCUCGUCACCUUUUCCUUUUUUUUCUUUUCUUUUCUUCUCUCUUUGCGUAGGCAUCUUUGUUUGUCGCGUUGCCCUGGGGCCCCCACACAAGGACAAUCUCUCAGGGCUGGCUGUAGAAAAUGCUCUAUCGGCUGUAUUGCAGAAGCUGGCUGCGAAAUACUAAAGCUUUGGUCUAAAGCUUCUUGCUA